UGGGUACCAGCUGAGCGGCGCUUCCGAUCGCUGCGGUGGGUGGGGCAAACCGGGGCUUUAUCGCUGCCGACUGCUGAGGCUGCGGCACAAGCCGACCCCAGUCAGCCAGCAGGAUGCAGGCUGAGAGCCGAGCCACCAUUCGAUAAUGGAGCCGGGCUGUGAUCGACCGCCCGAGAAAAGGCCGCGGCUGGACGCCCGGGAGAAACGGACGGUGGGUCCCGAGAGGCCGGUGGCGGACCGCGAGGCUCCGCAGAGGCCGGGGACAGGCCGCGAGGCUCCGGAGAGGCCGGUGGCGGACCGCGAGGCUUCGGAGCGGCCGGGGACGGGCCGCGAGGCUCUGGAGAGGCCGGGGACGGGCCGCGAGGCUCCGGAGAGGCCGGGGACGGGCCGCGAGGCUCCGGAGAGGCCGGGGACGGGCCGCGAGGCUCCGGAGAGGCCGGGGACGGGCCGCGAGGCUCCGGAGAGGCCGGUGGCGGGCCGCGAGGCUCCGGAGAGGCCGGGGACGGACCGCGAGGCUCCGGAGAGGCCGGUGGCGGGCCGCGAGGCUCCGGAGAGGCCGGGGACAGACCGCGAGGCCCGGAAAUGGCAGGACGGCGUUUACUUCAACUCUUACUCGGACGUGUCCAUUCACGAGGAGAUGAUCGCAGACACGGUGCGGACCGGCUCGUACCGCCGGGCGCUCCAAGGCGCCGGGCUGCUGCGCGGCCUGGCCGUGCUGGACGUGGGCGCGGGCACAGGCAUCCUCAGCGCGUUCUGCGCGCAGGCAGGCGCGGCGCGCGUCUACGCCAGCGAGGCGUGCGCGGUGAUGGCGGAGCGGGCGCGCGAGGUGGUGGCGGCCAACGGACUGGGCGGGCGCGUGCUCGUGCUGCAGGGGCGCGUGGAGGAGGCGGCGCUGCCCGAGCGGGUGGACGCCAUCGUCAGCGAGUGGAUGGGCUACGGCCUGAUGUACGAGUCGAUGCUCCGCAGUGUGCUGCACGCCCGGGACCGCUGGCUUAAACCCGGCGGCCUGCUCUUCCCCUGCCGCGCCGAGCUCUACGUGGCCCCGGUGACCGACUCGGUCCUGCAGGAGCGCCUGUCCUUCUGGGCCGGCGUCAAGGAGCUCCACGGCGUCGACAUGGCCUGUAUGGCCUCCUUCGCCCGCCGUUGCCUCAUGAACGACGAGAUGGCGGUGGGUGCCCUGCACGGCGAGGACGUCCUGGGCCGGCCCUACAUGUUUGCUGCCAUCGACCUGUACACUGUCACCGAGCAGGAACUCAGCGAACUAGGCGGCUCCUUCACCAUCACCUCCUUUGGCAUUGCCACCAUGCACGCCUUUGCCUUCUGGUUUAACGUUAUUUUCCCCACUUCUCCCCCAGCAAGGGAAGUUGGCCGUGGCCUCCUUGCGGACAGCACCUGUGCUGAUGACCAUAGUGCCCCUGAUGCUGAGAGUCAAAGCGUACCAGGUCCACAUACAGAUAAUCAUACUGGUACCUUUGCAGAUGAUGAGUGUCAAACAUCCAGUACUAAUUCCCAUGCAGACAGUGCUAAUACCAGCAGCCACAACGUGUUUACAACCAAGACUGACAACCCCCAUUCAUUGAAUGCCAAUGCAGAUGACCACAAGACAGUUGAUGCUAAUGUCAAUGAGUUGGAGCCAGUUGUCUUGUCAACUUCUCCCUUUGCAGAGGAAACACAUUGGAAACAAUCCAUUCUUUAUCUAGAUGAACCUGUUGAAGUGUUCCAGGACACUGUGUUAAAAGGGAAGAUAACUUUAGCUCCAGCAGAAGAUAAUCCAAGAUAUCUCCGUAUAUCUUUGACUUAUGAGAUUGGAGAUGGAGGGAAAAGAACAAAAAUAUUCAAAAUGGGGGAGGAUUUCCCUCCUUUUGAAUGAUACAUUUGAGAAUGUGUAUGUGGACUGUUUAAGUGACUGGACAUCUUUCCAUGCUUUGGUUUCUAAAUACUUUCCCUAGUGCUUUGAAAAAUUCAUUGUCUCAAUGUCGAAAAACCAGCAUGAGAGCAAACAGGAGAAGCAGUGAGUCAGGAGAAAAUUGAUUGGCCUGCGGAAUUGAAAAUAAUGUAUGAAAACUAAUUUUGAAAUUAGGUGGGGAUUGAUGGUAGGGAAUGAAAAUGUGUUUCUUAUUAAAUUGUUUUU